GUUUGUGUGUUUAGCAUAUCAAUGGCAUCCAGGGCCCCGGGGACUGUUGCAGAAACCCUCUGAGCUUUCUAGUACCUGUGUGCUCGGCUCACCUGGCUGUAUUUAAGGGGCUUUCUUGUUGCAUCGCAGAGCUGACAUGAACAUCUUUACUAAAGUCACAGGAUUAGCCCAACAAACCAGCAAGCUGGGGUCUGUGCUCCAACGUGCCUUCUACGGGUCCAGUGGGAGGGUGACCCUUUUCGAACAGAGGAACUUCGCCGGAAGGCGUUUGGACCUGAGCUCUGACUGUGCCAGGCUCAGUGAAAAGAACUUCCCAGAGAGAUGUAACUCUGUGCAGGUGGAGAGCGGAGCAUGGAUCGGUUACGAGCAUGAAAACUUCCGGGGUCGUCAGUACCUGUGGGACAUGUCCGAAAGGGGAGAGUACAACUGCUACGACAAGUGGUGCGCCCCGGUGGACCACGUCUCCUCUGUCCGUGCUGUCAAACAGGACAACAAUCCUGGAAAAGCCCAUCUGUUUGAGCGUGCCGGUUUCUCCGGUAAGAAGAUGGAGAUCCAGGAUGACAUUCCCAACCUGAUGAGCCGCUACAGCCUCAACAGGGUUGCCUCCAUUCGCGUGCUCGGAGGAGCCUGGGUUUGUUACCAGGAGCCCAACUACAGAGGGCCUCACUACAUCCUGGAGAAGCGCGACUACAACAACUUCUCUGACUGGGGCAGCCAGAACAGCACCGUCGGCUCCAUGCGCCGAGUCCGCUUCAACUGAACACCACCUCUGAUCCGAGUCCUGCCCACUGGACUCCUUACAACAUCAAAAUGAAACCUGUCAGCUUCUCACACACACACUGCAGAACCUAUUUUAGUAAUA